AAGAUAAAGAUGGCGGCCAUUCGUUUCCUAUCUCUGCAAAAAUGUUUUAUUCAUUUUUUGUGCUUUUUGUAUGUAACAGUAAAAUAAAAUAAAAUGACUUAAGUGCUUUGUGAUCGAAUAUGCAUAGGAGUAUUAUUUUCAUUUAUUGAUAUAUUUGCAACAAACUACAUUGCAAUGGAUAACCAUUUUGUAAGUGAUGAAAAUGUGCAGAUGAUUCUCGCAAUGGGAUUUCCAUCAGAAUCUGAAGUGCGAAGAGCUUUGCGAUUAGCUAAAAACGACCCAAGUGAUGCAGUUGCUAUUCUUACAAAUGAACCACAUUCGUCGUAUGAUGCUGUAGAAGAAAUGGAUGUUGAUUUAAAAGAAGGAACAAUAACUUCUAGUAGAACUUAUGGUCCCCAACUGCCACCUGCCUAUGAAGAAGUUUGUCAUGAAACGGGUCAGGUUACAAAUAUCAACAAGGCUGGUCUAACAAUGGGUGAAGCUGGUUGUAUGGAUGAAGCCAGUAAUAUGGAGUUUCCAGUAACCAACCUUUUUGAAUUGGAAUCAAGAGUUUUUACUGAUAUGUGGAACAUUCCAUUUAAACGAGAAGAAUCCUUGGGGAAAUGUUUAAUAGCUUCAACGCGUCUUAUGGAAGCAGGUCUGGCUGAUAGUGAUGAGCAUUGUAGGCGCUUUGUUGAUCGUUGUAUGCCUGAAGCAUUCAGCAAGCUGCUGACUUCAAAUGCUGUCCAUAAAUGGGGCAUUGAAAUCCAAGAAGGAAUCUUUGAUAUGCUAGGAUUGUUGAUUGAGUUAGUGGUAUCUUCACUUAAACAAGGCAGCAUUCAUCCUAUUUUAAUGGAUUGUCUAAAACUGGCAUUUAGCCCAACCACAGAAUUUCAGAUAAAAAAUCAAAAUAAACGAGACUCCCAUGUAACAUGGGAGGGGAGAUUUGAAGGCAGCGCUCCUCCAGCUGUCAUUCCACCAAGUACCAACAGGCAGUUUAAUGGUCCAUAUGGUUGGUUGACCAACCUAAUCAACACUUUUGCUUAUCAAGGAGGAUUUGAUUACAUUAAAAAACAACUGGAUUCUGAUGAUUUGGAUAUUAUGAAUAUGUCAUUGCUUCUGCGUCCCUUUGGUGCUUGUGCUGACUUCCUUAGUGAGACAGUAAUGAACUCGAUGUUUAGACCAGGUAUGGAAAAGGCAGUAAAGACGAUACAGGCCCUAGAAGAAAAAGACUUUAAAGAAAAGAAAAUAGGAAAUGUAUCUGAUCUAUUGAGCUCAAUGAAGCUACUGUGUCUGCAAAUGUGGCCACAGGAUGUGGAUAAGCUUGAUGAUCUUCGACUGGCUGUUACUCUUCGUAUGCUAAAAUCUCCACAUUUUAAUGCUAAAAUGAAUGCGCUAAAAGAGGUGACAAAAUUAAUUGAUGAGCUGAGUAACACAAAAAUUAGCAAGUCCCUCAUUAUUCCAGAUGAGAAAAUUCUAGAUUGGCUUGUGGAGAACAAAAUUUUAUCCAUAGCUUUAGAAGGAAACAUUGACCAGGCCCAAUACUGUGAUAAAAUUAAAGGCAUUGUUGAUUUUCUUGGAUCAAAAUUAUCAUUGGAUGAGCUCUCAAUGAUUUGGAAAAUGCAGAAUGGACAGACAAAUAAUGUCAUUGACAACAUACACUCCAUUAUAGCAGCAGCUGCAGUAAAAUUUGAUUCUAACCAAUUAGAACAUCUUUUCUUACUAAUACAGAAGAAAUGGCAAGAUGAUAAUGAUAGGACUAGAGGAAAGCUUCUCACUUUGAUUGGCAAGAUAGGAAAGGAUGCUAAAGUAGCUAAAACAACUACAAGAGUACUGGAACUACUCUGGGACCUGGCCCACUUGCCAUCCUUAAGUACAUCUCUAGUAGAGCAAGCCCUUGAUGAGCACCAUGCUAUUCUAUCUGAUUCCUACAGUGUCAAGGAGCAAGUCAAGCUGCAAUAUGUUUGUAAAUGUGUGGAUGACAUAAAAAAGGGUGCAUGUGUACUGCCAGCUCUACGACAGCUGAUGUCAAUCAGCAAGAAUAUCAUAAAAAACACAGUCCAGAAAACUGACAACAAGGGAAUUAUUAAUGAAUUAAACAAAGGGAGUGAUGUCAUAAAGCUGGUGACAAACAGUCUGGUCAAAUGCCACAAGCAUGCGUCUUCACUUGUUGGAGAUGGACAGCUCAAGGCGACCACAAUGGUGGACGGCCGCUACCCACAUUCUGAUUAUAUAUCGACCCAUUUAAAUUUUUUGAGAUAUGUUUUACAAGCCGGAGACUUGUAUUUACCUUGGAGUCGAGCUCGGGAUAUUUGGACAACUCUUGUUGCUAACCCAAAAGCUUGUGAAUGGGACAGAGAGACUAGCUAUGAAUGGUUCCGUAAUGGAAUUAUGGAUUUAGAAGUGGAUACACAGAAUCAGCUGUUUCAGAAAAUGAUCCUUAGUAUAGAUCCUGCAAAGUUAAGUGAAAAUGGUUUUAUGUGUUUUAAGUGUUUUUUUGAGCGUGUCAACCAAUACGAGCAACGCUUGAAAAGUGCCAAUGACUCCAUCGUGGUGGAGAAAACUGAGCUCAUAGGCUUAGAUUAUCUUUGGGAAAUCUGCCUCCAUGUGCCUGACGAAGCUAUUGCUGAUCAGUCUAUCAGAAUGCUGUUAGGACUCAGUUAUGCAAAUCUGUUACCAAAGUUUAAAAAAGAACCUGUUGCUUUACAUAAAAAGUUUAUCAAUGAAUGCUACACAAGAUUAGAAACAGCAAAGAUUGGAGUGGGUGGAAAUGUUGUAGCUCAGACUGUUUCAAAUGCUACCAAAGUUGUCACAGCAGCCCUCGUUCCUGAUGUUGCCAAUGUACCCUUACCCUCCAAGUCAAUUAAAGUAUUAGCCAUAGAGAGAUUGUUAUGGAUAGCUGAGGCCUACAUUUUAUCUGUUGAAGAAAUUUAUUGUGUACCUCGCACCAUUUUGGCCCAUGGGGCAUCCUUCCAUGGAUAUCAGUUGAACAUUGUAGUGAAAUGUGAACCUUUGAAGGAGGAGUUCAUCUUACAGUGUCAUAGCAAUGAAAGACUGGGGUCAGUGAGGCAGAAAGUCUUGAGUCGUCUCAACCAACCCUCGGACCAUGUCCAGAUGCACACCAAUGAUAAACUGCUGUGCAUGACCAAAGACCAGCUGCUACUUCACCAGCUGGACUUCACAGAGACCAGUGUGCUGCAGGUCCACCUGGGCACCUCCUCCACAUCCAAGUCAGGCUCCACAUCUGGGGCAUCUGGUCCUAGCACAGCCAGUAAAGAGGGUACCAGCAAAGAGCCCUCAGAUGCAGGAGAUUCUGUGGCCAUGCAGACUCUUAGUUCAUCUGGAACUCUUAAAAUGGGGGCAGGUGGUUAUAGUAAAGAGACAUCAAGCACCACAUCUAAACAAAACUAUGACAUUGAACAGGAGAAAAUGUUGCCGGGUGUUGUGAUGGCAAAAGAUGGAGAAGUUUUUGACAUGCUAUACCAGCUUACAGAGCUAGAUGAACCAAAGAUCACCAAACGUGUACAGAAGCUGUUGAUGUUGAUACCCACAGACCCUGCAGUCUCUGAUGCUCUGGAUUUGAUUGGUCAGAAACAGUACAUCAAAUCUGCUGUGUCUGUGGAAGAUUUGUCCGGUGCUAAGUCAAGUCCCAGGAAGUCUGUCCCCACCUCAGCAUCCAACCCUCGCCUGUCCCCUAAAGAGGCCAUGAAGUAUUUGUUUGACAGCAGCCAGCCUGACAUGAGUGCCUUCAGGGUCUUGUACAACUUAGAGGUUCUGAGCAGCAAGCUGAUGCCCACAGCUGAAGACCCACCAGUACAAGCCACAGCCCAGAGUUUCUGCACAGAGUUCCUGCUGAAUGGCGGCCUGUCCCUGGUGGUCAGUGUACUGCAGCCAGAAUCUCUGCCAGCUGAUAUCAACUAUGAGAUCAGACAGGGCUGCUAUUCCAUCUGCCUGCAGCUAGCUAGGUACCUUCUGUGUGGCCAAACUGUCACUGGGGACUUUGGUCCAGUACAUGGGCUGUCCCGUAACAAAAGUAACAACUCUUUUUGGGAGCAUGCCAUACAGAACCUGAGCAACCAGGAGUUUGUUGAGACCAUCUCCUGUUUCAUGAAAGUCACAUGGGCGGCAGCAGCUGGUAGGCUCCACCUCCUCAGCUACAAUCAGCCAAUCAAAGAGAACAGGGAGGGGCUGGGGUGUGGCCAUAGAAGCCGCCAAAGUAGUACAGGUAGUUCAGCCAGCACCAACAGUGACAGUGAUUGCCAGUCCCUGCAUGCUGGCGUCUGCUCUCAUCAGCUCAAUAUCCCCACAAAGGAUGCUCAUAUAGCCAAGGAGGCGCUAGAAAUUCUCAUCACUUGCCUGCAGCUUAGGAAAGAAUUACUAGCAUCUUUCUACACUUUACCAUACGUGAAUGACUUCAUCCUGGAGCUGCUUGUCGGCUGCCCACUGGUCAACAUCAGGAACACAACCCUGGAGCAGUUGUACCUGCUCUCACAGCUGGAGCUGCCCAAUGAUGGAGGGCUUGAGUCAGUUCAGUCCCCACGCCAGUUUAUUCUUGUGCUGCUACUGAAGGCAUAUGUCCCUUUCUGGGUGACUUCCACCAAUGCUCGUGGAUCCACACAGAAAUUACUCCAUCAAUGCUCACAGUAUUUUGAGCUUAGGUGCAGACUCCUACAGCAUUUGCCAUUGCUUGAGCAGAAGCGCCUUGCCCUGAACAUUGAGUCCAUGCUGGAGGAUGAAAUAGCCUGGCUGGGCAACUUCGUGCCCUCGCGCCACUCCGACCUUAACCAGACGGACAACACCCUGCUGGCCGGGCACCUGAAGCUCAUCUGUACAUUGCUGACCUGUGAGGGGGUGGACAAGGCAGAACAUGGUUCAAGCCUGGUCAGUGACCUCUUACAUGACUUCCUGUUUCCUGCAUCCAAGUUAAUGCUGGACAGCCUGAACCAGCCCACACAAGACAGUAGCCUUGUGGAGUUUAACCCAAAAUGCUCAAAUUCAGAAUCCCGAGUGGCAGCUUAUGAUUUGUUGACUGAACUUGCUAACAAUUGCCUGGCCAAUCUUAAACUUAUUUCUAAAGAACUUCUUAUGAUGCACCAUCAACUUACAGACAACACCAAAGAGUGGGAGUACAUGCCUCCUGUAAAUGGGAGAGCUGCCUGUGGGUAUGUGGGUCUCAAGAAUGGUGGCGCCACCUGCUACAUGAACUCUGUGCUGCAACAGUUGUACAUGACGCCUGGAGUCCCCGAAGCUGUGCUCAGUGUUGACGAAGAUGAGCCUGAUGAAGAAUCAGUAUUUUACCAAGUCCAGCAGAUGUUUGGUCAUCUGAUGGAGAGUCGGCUGCAGGCGCAUGAGCCAGAGAAGUUCUGGCAGGUGUUCAAGCUGUGGGGCCACACUGUGAACAUCAGAGAACAACAGGACUCUUUUGAUUUCUUCCAGGCCGUGUUGGAUCAGAUUGAUGAGCAUAUGAAGACUAUUGGAAAGGAAGAAAUUUUCAAGAAAAAGUUCCAAGGAAUCUUCUCUGAUCAGAAAAUUUGUAAAGAUUGCCCUCAUAGAUAUGAGAGGGAAGAAGCCUUCAUAGCCUUGAACUUGACAGUGAAGAACGCCACACUACAAGAUUCUUUAGACCAGUUUGUCAAGGGGGAGUUGUUGGAGGGGGCCAAUGCUUACUUUUGUGAGAAGUGUGGGGAGAAGAGAAACACAAUCAAGAGGAUGUGUAUCAAAAACUUACCCCCCAUGUUGUGUAUACAACUAAAGAGGUUCGGCUAUGACUGGGAGGCCAACAGGGCAUUGAAGUUUGAUGAUUACUUCAAAUUCCCAUGGCGACUAGACAUGGAACCUUACACAGUGGAGGGGAUGGCACGCAGAGAGAGUGAACAAAACGAUGGGAUGAGUAUAGACAAUCAGUCCUCAUCUAGCUCUGAAACAGAAGGCGCGGCCACGGAUUCCUUAAACGGUGAAAUAGAAUCUGGCAUAGAGGCAGCAUCAAUUAGUUCUGAGUCUAGUCCUAUACAGUAUGAUCUAGUUGGCAUUGUGGUACACAGUGGUCAGGCAAAUGCUGGACAUUACUAUUCUUUUAUACGGGACAGAAGGGGUACUGUAGUCACUAACCCCAACAAAGGCAAGUGGUUCAAGUUUAACGACACAGUGGUGGAGGAGUUUGAUAUGAAUGAUGUCACAGUCGAGGAGGAAUGUUUUGGUGGGACCUACAAGGCUAAAGUUUAUGAUUCUUCCAACACCUACCCUGAAGAACGGCUGCGCUACUGGAAUGGAUAUUUGUUGUUUUAUGAAAGAAUAGAGGACAUGAGAUCACCAGUCACAGCCAAGAGGAGUAAAAUCAUAUCUAGGCGUGUUCUUCCUGAAGGGGGCAAACGCAGCCUGAACAGUGACAGCCUGAUGGAGCUGACAGAGCUAGUACACAAAGGAGAAAGGAAGGGGAUAUUCAUGGACCGUAUGCCUGCUGGCAUCCAGCAAGUCAUCCAUGCUGAGAACAUCACCUUUGUGAAGAACAGGGACAUCUACAACCCAGAGUACUUCACAUUUGUUCGGCAACUUGUUAGUGUUAAUAAGAAUUAUGCUGAUCACCCAGACUAUGCAAACAUGUGUAUUCAAAGUAUGCAGUUAGGAAUUAGGUUUUUAGUCAAUACUUAUCUACGUACCAGGUUAAAAACACAAUGUGAGCUGGACGAGUGGGUUUCUCUGUUGGACCAGCUGAUGUCAGCAUGCAAGGAUGCCUGUUUGUGGUUCAUUGACUACCUGGCCAGUGGGGAAGGAAGUGACAUCAUCAAGCCAUUCAUUUUAGAAAGUCCCAGCAAGGAAGUCCGAGUGAUGUUCAGCAAACUUUUGGAGAAAACUUUUUUCAGUUUUUUCCACCAUGGAGGUGUUCCUACUCACCACAACCUGAACACAAUGCUAGAAAACCUGCUGGUCCUCUUAGACAAGGAUGCUGUGGAUCUGGUUAAAAAUAGCACUCAGUAUUUUCAGGUCAUUAGAGCCUAUAUACAGAUGGGUACCAAAGCUUGUGCCCACAUGUUUGGUAGAAAUGGGUUCCAGCGCUUGCUCAUUUUUUUACUGGGCAGUGGCAAUGGGGAUUCUGGGCGAAGAUGGAGCUCUAUACAAGCCAGAGAUUUCUCACACUUGCAUGCAGCAUUAGCACUGCUCAUUCUCAACUGUGAUGUUAAGGUCUACCAAACACAUGAAGUGGGGGAGCACAAGGAGAGAAAACCCAGCACUGUACAGCCCCACAUUUUCCUCAAGAUGUCCACUGACAUGAGCUCUUUUGUCUUUGGUGAGGAGUCCCACAGAUACAUCAAGGAGGUGGUGUCAGCAGUCAGGGAACUGGCCAAUCCCUCGCCAUCUUUGUUUGAUAUGCUGCUCUACUGCAGCUUCUGUAACAUCAACUUCUCACUGAUUUUGUUGAAAAAUUUAAUGCUGCAGUAUUCCAGUGUGGCCUCCAAUGAGCUCAAGUCAAUAUUUGCUCUCCUCACAGAGUUACUGGCACUUGAAGACUGUCUUCAGCCAACAAGGCUUCAGUAUGUCCUUGAUGGCAUGGAUGAAAAUGGGAAGAAAUAUGAAGGACUCACAACUGUGAUCAGGUUGAACCACGUGUCAGACAGCCGCAGGUCUUACCAGUGCAUCAAGUUCCUUGUGGGCCUGAUGAACAGGUCAGCCCUGGCUAAGGACCAGCUGCUCAAGACACCCUCCAAGUGGCAGUGGGCAGUGAACUGGCUCAGGAAGAAGAUGAACGAUCAUGGGUGGAGCUCUACUUCCUCUGCUAAUCUGUCUAAUGAGGAUUCAAACCGCAAAUCUUUCCAGAGGACGCAGAGUGCUCAGUCCACUCUGCAAGAGGCCACAGCCCUCCUGACAGAGAUGGAGAACCAUGAAUACAACAAUAACAACGUCUCUUCAGCCUCUAGCGACACUGACGUCGAGGUUAACGUCACUGGAGGUGACGUCAGUGUCACGGCUGUCAUCAGUGGUGUGCCAGACAGCAGGGCUGGCGAGUCGACACUGACGAGACAGACGGGGGAACAAACAUCUAGCAGCGGAGAGACCAGCACCCAGAGGACUGAGGAACAGCACAUUGACAUUGAUUAGCUGCAGGACUGUGCUGGCUCUUCCAUCUAGUGCUACCUCCAUCUGCUGGGUGCUUAUGCAAUAUUCAGACCCAUUUUAUAAGCUGAAAACAUUUCUGUGUUUGUGUAUACCUGAUAAAAAGCCAAUUUAAAUUUGAUUACUUCCUGAGCUUGCAAAAGUAAUUUUUUGCAAAAUGUGAAAAAAAUGAAAGAAAACUACAGAUGCAAAUGAAUUUUAUAAACGAAUGAAAAAGAAGAAAUGGAAAAAAAAUUAAGUCUGUGAUGUUCACUCAUUAGAGUGGUAGUACAGAGCUGUCAGGCUUGGUCAUAUGUCUGGCUUGGCCAGAUGUCAGCCAUUAUCAGAUGUCAGGCUAUGCCAGAUGUCAGGCUUGGUCAUAUGUCAGGCUUGGCCAAAUGUCAGGCUUGGGCUGAUGUCAGACAGCCAGAUGUCAGGCUUAGCCAGAUGUCAAGCUUGGGCUGAUGUCAGCCAUUCUCAGAUGUCAGGCUAUGCCAGAUAACAGGCUUGGCCAGAUGUCAGGCUUGGUCAUGUCAGGCUUGGCCAGAUGUCAGGCUUGGCCAGAUGUCAGGCUUGGCCAAAUGUCAGGAUUGACUAGCUAUUUCUACUUCAAGCAAGGUGAAAUAGCUGGACUUCUAUUUGUGAAGCUUGAAACGACAAGAAAAUAUUUUUUCAAAUGUAAUCAUUUUUUUUUUAGAACUGAGAAAUAACUUGCCUUCAUGGACAUACUUCUCACAAUUAUUUUCACCUAAUUUUAUGCAAGAUUUUGUAUUGAUCAUUUGAUGUACAUACAAUGUUGUCUUGCAGAACUGGAUGAAUAUUUUUUUAAACUCUAAAUGUUGGUUUUGUUUAAACCUAAAUAAUUUUGUUUUCAUUGCAAUAAGCCUUAAGCUGUUUUUUUUUUAAUUACUUGAUUUUUAUGUAUUUAAAACCUGGCAAUAUGUGAGAGUUCUUGUUAUUGUUUUGUUCUUUGUACAAUAUCAUUGCCAGAUUUUUAGAAAAAUUCAUUUAAAACUGCUGUUUAGUGGGUUAUUUUUUGUUUGUUUUGUACAUGAAUGGAAUUCAAACAUAAGAUUGAUAUUUGAAGCAAGUGAUUAAUAAAUUUUUAGCUUGAAAUAAUACUUGGGAAAGAUAAUCUUUGAUUUAAUAUCAGAUUGAAUUUUUACAUACUUCUCUGUUAUGUAAAUAUGUGUGAGUACCUAGCGAGGAUAAACCAAUAUUUUUAAAGAAUAGUUACCACGGCAACUAAGUCCAGCUGUCUGUACUGUCUGAUGAUGUUGCAAGCAAAGGAAAAAUGUCUAGUAAUAGUGGGCCCUUGGCCUUUUUUUUUGUAUUGACUUUCUAGGAACAAAUUUAAAAUUGUUAUUGGCCUAAACUUUUGUUUUAGACUACAAGUAAGUGCUAGUCUACUGGUUGGCAGUCAGUGUGC